AUGUCCAACUAUAUGGAUGGUCUAUCCCUCGGGUUCGGCUUCAAUAACGGAGUCAUGUCUGAGGGGCUUGACUCUGCGCAACAGUCCACAACGUCGCCUGCAUCCAACACCAACGCACAACAAGAUGUUUCCUCCUUCCACGUCCAACCGAAUUCUUUCCAAGGCAACGUUACUGUCUAUCAGACGACAGGGCCCGAAGCCCACACGAGCCCGAUCCAGCAACCCGGAAGCAAUACCCCCGCCCUGAACCCGCGAUCAUGCGUAACCUGUCGCCGUCGGAAAGUUCGUUGCGACAAGCAGAUGCCGUGUUCCAACUGUCGUCGAGCACAAAUUCCAUGCGUCUUUCCCGCCCCUGGGAGAGCACCGCGGCAGCCGCGCCGGAAGGAUCCCAAUGCGCCACCUAAAAACUCAAGCCAGCGUGAGAUAGAGUUGAUGAAGAGAUUGAGAAAGUUGGAGGGCAUCGUAGAAGAAUUGAGCGGACAGAUCGAGGUUGAGUCAGGGGGCAAAGGGCAAUCCUCAGCCAGCUCACCCGAAGUACAUUCAGCUCAAAAUUCCUUUGAGACAUCAGGGCAUAAUACUCAACGACACUUGUCAAAUGCAUCCUCUCAGCAAGGCAAUGCGACAAUGACUGGUGGAAGCCCGCGGGGAAGCGACGCAACAAGUGACCAGAGCGAGAGCACGCGCAAGGGUAUGCAUAAGAAGUUUGGCCGAUUGGUCCUGAACGACAACGAUACCAGUGGAAGUCGAAAAUAUGUCAGCCACGGUCUCUGGGCAAAACUUAAUGAUGAGCUUGACUCCAUAAGAGAAGAGACGCAACGGCUCACUGAUGAAGACUUUGACGAAUCUGACAUGGAAGAAACUCCGGAUAGUUCACCUGCAGUUGCGCUAUCGGCGAACCACAACGCAUUCAUCUUUGGCUAUCGCUCAACAGAGGUGGAUUUGGACAAGUACUGGCCUGUCCCUUCAGUCAUCCCAUUUCUGUGGUCUGUAUACCAGGAGAAUGUGGAGCCAUUGCUUAAAGUGCUGCAUAUCCCGACCAUGGAGCCUGUUUUCCGAGAUGCUAGAAGGGACCAUAAGCAACUCUCUCCUGGAAACGAAGCCCUGGUCUGGGCGAUAUACUAUGCUGCAAUCACGUCAUUAGAUCCUGACGAGGUUCGCGCCAACCUCGGUGUCACCAAAGAGGAUAUCCUUGUGCAAUACCGUUUCGCGGUCGAGCAGGCUCUCGCUAAAGCCAACUUCCUCAACUCGCUGGACACUCCGAUCAUGCAAGCUUUGCUCAUCUUCCUUCUUGUAGUUAAAGGCCACGAUGGAAGCCGUUUCUGUUGGUCUUUAACCGGCCUGAUAGCUCAUCUCGCUCAGGGCAUGGGACUACACCGGGAUGGGUCACAUUUUGGUCUGAGUCCCUUUGAAACAGAGAUGCGAAGACGUCUCUGGUGGUCACUACUCUUAUUAGAUCUCCGAUCCGCGGAUGAGUUGGGUACUGAUCUCAUUAUCCAAGACUUCAACUUUGAUACACAAAUGCCAAGCAACAUCAACGAUGCCGACAUUAAACCUGAUUCGACAGAAGCCCCUGAACCCAGAGAAGGCCACUCUGAUUGCGCGGUGGCGAUUGUUCGGUUUGAGAUUGCAGGUUUUGGCAGGCGUCUUGUUCGCCUAUCAUCUGCAUCAAUGUCUUUCUGUCCCAAAGGCAUGCCUUUCGAGAAUACUACUCUUGCAGAAAGAGAACGCAUGCUCAUUGACGUCUAUCGGAAAGUUGAGCACAAAUUUCUGAAGCAUGUCACAAUUGAUACCGAUCCAUUAUAUUGGAUGGCUGCCUCGAUCGCUCGUAUUAUCAUGGCUAAGAUGACUUUGGUCAUAUACCAGCCAGUACUCUUCCCAGGCUCCGAUGGCGAGGGUGCACUUUCAGAUGAAGCGAGAGAGCGUGCAUACAUGGCGGCAAUCGAGAUUGCCGAAUACAAUCACAUCUUGAACAAUGAUACAAGGUGUAAACAGUUUAGGUGGUUGUUCAAAACCUACACCAACUGGUCUGCCAUGGCCUACUUCCUCAUAGCCAGUUGUCGCCGGCCAUGGACCCCUCUUGUGGAGCGUGGUUGGGAAGCGAUCAAUUGCUACGAGGAUCAUCCAGCCCAGCUUUGGAGAUCUGGCGACAAUACAUCUGUCGUGAUGCCUAUAAGGAAACUAUAUAUGAGGGCACAAAGACAUCGUGCUACAGAAAUUGUUCGACUUCGCAGCAAUCCUGAAGAAGCCCGUCGUUUAGAAUUCGAGGAAAGGACAAACCCACGAUACCAAGUUCGAUUCGGACAGGAGACUGAUUUGACCGUCAACAAGAUGGACGAGGUCAGAGAAAAAUGGAGAAAUCUGGUGCGCUCUGAUGGAAGCAACGUCCCGAUCUCUACACCAGCCGAACUCAGCCCUGUAGCACUACCAGACAUGCUACAACCACAACCACAAAUUCCGUCUCGCCCGAGGACCCCGUCAGUCAAUGAUAUUCCAGCAAGCUUUGAUCUUUCCGACACGACGAUGAACUUUAUGAACGACAUGAUGGCACAAGGCACCAACUUCAACAUGACAGGCUUCUGGCCACUAAACGACGUCGGUGCAGCCCAAAUGAAAGCCAUGAAUACUGAAGCGACGCCUAUGACUACAGCUGCCCAAAUACCACAGACACAAGCAUUAGACAUGGGUCAACAAUUCAAUCCCCAGACAAUGCAACUACCGAAAGACGAAAAUCAAGCGCCUUAUCUCUGGACGGGUGGUUACCCGACCAUGAACUCGAAUUUUGAUCAGACUACAGUAGCAGGUAUGGAUGACAUAGACAUGCUGGGGGAGGACUUUAAUUGGCACCACUGGAGCCAAAAUGUUCGUGGUAUGUAG